AUGUCCUUGAGAACAUGCUGGAGUCUCAGCAGCGUGACUCCAGUGCCCCUGGGAGGUUCCACGUUGGCAGUGCAGAAUCCAUGCUGCACAUUCGGCCCGGGGGAUACACACCCCAGCGAGCACUGAUAAACCCCUUUGCCCCAUCCCGCAUGCCCAUGAAGCUUACGUCUAACAGGAGGCGCUGGAUGCACACUUUCCCUGUGGGUCCAUCAGGAGAAGCUAUCCAGAUCCAUCAUCAAACUCGUCAGAACAUGGCAGAAAUGCAGGGCAAUGGGCAGCAGGAUUUGACACAUUCCUCUGCUGAGCUGCUGGAGCUGGCUUACCAUGAGGCUGCUGGCAGGCAUAUCAGCUCUCGGCAGCCAGGGGACAGUGCCUCUUUCCUGAGCUUCAGCGGUACAGAAGAGUACUCUAAUGGUCUGGCUGGCAGCAAUGGUACAGGGAUGAACCUUAAAACUCAGAACAAGGAUUCCUUGGAAGAUAGUGUCUCUAACUCUCCAGAUCCAAUGCCAGGCUUCUGUUGUACAGUUGGAGUGGACUGGAAGUCUCUCACUACUCCGGCGUGUCUCCCUCUUACCACGGACUACUUCCCCGACCGUCAGAGCCUGCAGAACGAUUACACUGAGGGUUGCUAUGAUCUCCUCCCAGAAGCUGACAUUGACAGGAGGGAUGAGGAAGGAAUGCAGAUGACAGCCCAACAGGUGUUUGAGGAGUUUAUUUGUCAGCGUCUCAUGCAAGGCUAUCAAAUUAUUGUGCAAUCCAAACCACAGAAACCAGCCACAACUGUGCCACCCCCACUCAGCAGCAGUCCCCUUUACAGUCGAGGUCUUGUAUCAAGAAAUCGACCCGAGGAAGAAGAUCAGUACUGGCUGAGUAUGGGCCGUACUUUCCACAAAGUAACGUUAAAAGACAAGAUAAUUACUGUGACUCGAUACCUGCCAAAGUACCCAUAUGAAUCUGCUCAGAUAAACUACACCUACAGCUUGUGUCCCUCGCACUCUGACUCUGAAUUUGUCUCUUGCUGGGUAGAGUUUUCCCAUGAGAGACUAGAAGAGUACAAGUGGAAUUACUUAGAUCAGUAUAUCUGCUCUGCUGGCUCUGAGGAUUUCAGCCUUAUUGAAUCACUGAAGUUUUGGAGGACCCGCUUUCUGCUUCUGCCUGCCUGCAUCAGUGCCACAAAGCGCAUUAUGGAAGGAGAAGUCCACUGUGAUGUGUACGGUGACAAGCCCCGUUCUGAUGAGGAGGAGUGGCAGCUCCUAGAUGGAUUCAUUCGAUUUGUGGAGGGUUUGAACCGCAUUCGUCGACGCCAUCGAUCUGAUCGAAUGAUUCGAAAAGGAUCUGCCAUGAAAGGCUUGCAGAUUUCUGGACCAAUUCCCACCCACUCUCUGGAGCAGCCUGGGCCUCCCAUUGGAAAGAAAGGAACCUCAGCGCUCUCAGCUCUGCUGCAGAUGGAAGCCAGUCAGAAGACGCUGGGGGAGCAGCAGGCAGCAAUGCUUUCUGGAAAGAGCUCUGUGCAGCCCUCAGAAAGUGGGAGCAUUGCUAUCACACCCACCUAUAUGGACAGCCCUCGAAAGGAUGGGUCCUUCUUUAUGGAUUUUGUUCGCAGCCCGCGUACAGCUUCAGCCUUCUACUCACAGGUGUCUAUAGAUCAGUCUGUUUCUGCAACCUCCGAUGGCAACACACUGAUAAACACAGGGCAGUUACCUGAUAGGGGCAACGCACAGACCCUGGGAAGUUCCCAGAAUGUUGCAGACCAAGGAUAUAGCACAGCUGGUGCUGCAGAAGGCAGCUCUCAGCAGUGUUCAGCAAACUCUCUGACUUCCUCCUCCACCUUGAUAGAAAUUCUUGAAGCCAUGAAACACCCCACCACAGGGGUCCAGCUGCUCUCUGAACAGAAGGGCCUCUCUCCGUACUGUUUCAUCAGUGCAGAAGUUGUGCACUGGCUGGUGAAUAAUGUGGAAGGUGUGCAAACCCAAGCCAUGGCCAUUGACAUCAUGCAGAAAAUGCUAGAAGAGCAGCUUAUUGUCCAUGCCUCUGGAGAAGCUUUACGAACCUUUAUUUAUGGCUUUUAUUUUUACAAGAUUGUUGUGGACAAAGAACCAGACCGAGUGGGCAUGCAGCAGCCUGCCAUGUGGCACACAGCUGCCAUGGAUGACUUCUCUGCCUUCCAGAGGAAAUGGUUUGAGGUGGCGUUCGUGGCAGAAGAGCUCCUGCAUUCGGAUAUCCCAGCGUUCUUCCUGCCCUGGCUGCCCAGCCGCCCAGCCUCCUAUGCAAGUAGGCACAGUUCCUUUAGCCGCAGUUUCGGAGGACGGAGCCAGGCAGCUGCACUAUUAGCUGCCACGGUGCCUGAGCAACGGACAGUGACGCUUGAUGUGGAUGUGAAUAACCGCACCGACCGUCUGGAGUGGUGCAGUUGUUAUUACCAUGGCAAUUUCUCCCUGAAUGCUGCCUUUGAAAUCAAGUUACACUGGAUGGCGGUGACUGCAGCUGUUCUUUUUGAGAUGGUUCAAGGUUGGCAUCGGAAAGCCACAUCCUGUGGUUUCUUGCUAGUUCCAGUCUUGGAAGGCCCAUUUGCAUUGCCCAGUUACCUGUAUGGAGACCCACUCCGAGCUCAGUUGUUCAUCCCACUCAAUGUUAGCUGCUUGUUGAAGGAGGGCAGUGAGCAUUUAUUUGAUGGCUUUGAACCUGAAACAUACUGGGACCGUAUGCACCUUCUCCAGGAAGCAAUAGCGUACAGAUUUGGAUUUGUGCAAGAUAAAUAUUCGGCCUCUGCGUUCAACUUCCCAGCCGAGAACAAGCCCCAGUAUAUCCAUGUUACAGGGACAGUGUUUUUGCAGCUACCUUAUUCCAAGCGGAAGUUUUCUUGUGGGCAGCAGCGACGCCGGCGGAACUCCACUAGCUCCACCAACCAGAACAUGUUUUGUGAAGAGCGCAUUGGCUACAACUGGGCCUACAACACCAUGCUGACGAAAACGUGGCGGUCCAGUGCCACUGGGGAUGAGAAGUUUGCUGAUCGGCUGCUGAAAGACUUUACAGACUUUUGCUGGAACAAAGAUAGCCGGCUUGUUUUGUUCUGGACUGACUGUCUAGAUAAGAUGCAUGCUAGUGCUCCAUAAAACAGGGUUGUAUCUCUUUCGGAGAUAGCAAAAAGCUUUACCUUGUGGCAAGGAAGUAGAGGUGAAGGAUGACUGGAAAAGAGCCUCUCUGUUGGAUUUGUCUCGAGGCUCCAAGAGGACCUGAUCAGUAUUGCUGUUGAUAUUCAACAGAAUUUGAUUAAGCUCUUGGAAAAAGAGUCUGAGCUCUUGGCUUGCCAAUAUCUAUCACCUGACCUCAGCUUGGUUUUAAGUAGCUGCCGUCCCUGAUUGCCAAAACUUCAGUUAGAGCAGAGGUAAAAGAGGGAGAGUGCAAAUGGUUUUCAAGGGCAGUUCGAUUCAGCACAGAGUGUGAAGGUAGCGGCUUACCGUCACUGGAAAUGAUUGGUGCCACUCGCAUCUGAUGUGCCUGACAGCAGCCUGCCUCGUGCCCUUUUGAGGUGUACCUGGUUGUGUGAAUAUGUAACAUAAAAUGUGAGAGACGCUUGUUAGAUUUCAUACAUGUAAAUAAGUAAAA